UCCAACUUGGAUAGGAGAUUCUCUGUUCUCCAAUAUGGCUAACCUAAGUUUAGAUAAUUGUGGAAAUUGUGCAUCCUUGCCACCACUCGGACAACAACCCUCCCUCAAAAAGCUUUACAUUAAAGGAAUGAGUGUACUAAAGCAUGUCGGUUGUGAGUUCUAUGGGCAAGGUGGUGUUCAACCUUUUCCAUUACUAGAGACUCUAAGCUUUGAAAAUAUGCCAGAAUGGGAGGAUUGGUAUACUUUUGAAGAUCACAAGGAAGUUCAACCAUUCACACGUGUCAAGUAUCUCUCCCUAAUAAAAUGUCCUAAACUUCUUAAAAUGUUGCCUACUGAUCUACCUUGUUUGAAUAAUCUAAAGAUUUCAGAGUGCCCGCAAUUCGUAGUUGAAGGUUCCAGCAUUAGCCUCCCAUCACUCACCUGUAUAGCUAUGAAUGGCGUCCCUCUAACAAGCCUUGAAACGGUCCUUGAGAUGGGGAGUAUGGCUGAUGAUGAAGUGAUAUCAGCAAAUGCAAAGUGUAAGCAUCCGAGUUUAAUAACUUCCUUGAGCAUUGAGAUGAUCAAGAAACUCGAGCUCUUGCCGAAAUGGGUUACUCAUGGGCUGAUGGAACUCAAAGCAUUGAAGAUUACAAGCUGUGAAGAACUCAAGACACUGUGGAAGAAUGAGGCGAGAGUGCAGCACAGUCUCCUUGCAUUUCGAAGUUUGCAACUUAGAGGUUGUCCCCAGCUUCUUUCAUUGUUUAAAGAAGAUAAGGAUGAAGAAAAUGAAUGGCAACAUCAACAACAACAAGAAGAGGGACUCCCUUGCAUAGCGAGGCUUGAGCAUUUAAGAAUAUAUAAUUGUGAAAAGUUGAAGAAACUGCCACAGCUACUACAUACCUUCACUUUUCUUCAGGAGUUAUAUGUCUAUAACUGUCCAAGUCUCGUCUCUUUUCCAAAGACAGGCUUUCCGUGCACGCUGAAAACACUCAAGAUACGUAAUUGUGAGGCUCUGCAAUCCUUAUUUGGGUGGAUAACGCAAAUUAAUGACAAUAAUCUUGAAGUGUUAACGUUUGAGAAUUGUCCAUCCCUCACAUGCUUGAUAUCGUGCAGAGGUGGGGGGCUACCACCCACACUCAAACACCUUGAGAUUGAGAGGUGUAAAAAGUUGGAGGCACUGCUAGUAGAGGAAGGGAUGGAAAUUAACUGUCCAUCUCUUGAGUCUGUUCAGAUCUGGGGUUGUUAUAUGCUCAAAUACUUGCCAGAUGCCCUUCCUAAUAAUGAUAAUCUCAAGAAUCUCAGUCGAUUGAUCUUGUAUGGGUGUAAGAAUUUGGAGUACAUUCCAGAAGGAUGGUUCCACUCCGCAACAAAUCUAACAUAUUUGAAUAUCAGGGGAUGCAAAAAACUGAAGGCCCUACCACACGGAUUGCAGAGCAUCAACUACCUCACUUCUCUUCAAGACCUGUAUUUGAAUAUUUCAGAAUGGAACAACUUCAAGAAGAUUGGUUUGCACAGUUUAUCCUCUCUUAAAAUCUUGUUGAUUGAAGGCAAAGACGAAGAACAUUCAGUGGGUUCCAGCUUUCCGAUAGAUGGGAUGUUGCUGUCCACCUCUCUGAUCGAUCUUCAUAUCUCGGGUUUCCGAAAUCUGGAGAAGCUAUCUUCUAAAUUGUUUCAAAAUCUCGCCUCUCUUGAAUUUCUUAAAAUCGGUGGUUGCCCUAUGCUCAAAUCUUUACCAGUGCAAAGGUUGCCUCCCUCACUUAAGAGAUUGUCGAUCAUCGGGGGAAGUCGGAAACUAACAGAGAAGUGUGAAAAGGGGAAAGGCAAAUAUUGGCCCCACUUAGCUCACAUUCCUUGUGUCAACGUUGAUGGUUGAUGAUUAAUGAUUCUAAGUUCUAAACCAUGUGGAAAUUCCCAUCACAAUACAAGCAAUCAAAUUGCCAGAUAUGUGCUUUCAAGGAUUUGAAUACAAAGAGAGGCAUAUUCCGAUAGAUUUCCUUGCCUGCUUUUAUUUCCCGAAGGAACCACAACAAAUGGAAGAGUUCUCAUUCUUUCCAACUUGGUGCAAUUGUCCCUGGAUAUCCUGUCCAUCUAGUGAUUGUUCGCUAUCCCCAUGUACACUUUGACCAAUCUUGGUAAGAAUUUUCUUUAGUUGAAACCGUUUUGUUGUUGUCUUUCAUAAUGUCUUUACCUAACUUGCAUCAUAUGGCCUAUCAUUUUGUUUAGGGGAAAUAUAGCUUUGGGAAAGCUCAUGUUUAGAAUGUUCAAAGUUUCACAUUUUCAUAGAGGUAGAGUAUCAUCCUGUUAUCUUACCCCUUGAAAAUCAGGAGGAAAAUGCUGCCCAUUUUGCUUAGAGGAACAACAUAUCUCUAGUCUGGUCUUAGAUUGAAUCCUGGAUUGCUGAGUCUUGCUUGGUUACACUAACUGUACAAACAUUUCAUUCUUAUGGGGAUAUCACGCUGCUUGCAAAAGAUUUCGAGUCCAAACAGGUCACUUUUCGUGCUCCAUGUGUUUUGGCUUUUAUAGUUUAUCUUGCUUUUAGGUCGGCAAAAAUGAUCUUGUACUUCAUUCAAACAUUCUAUGAAGUGCUAGAUUUCAGCUCUUAAACUUAAUUUGAAGGCCUUUUUUGCGAUGGACCAAGAAUAUUUGAUGCAGCUGCAAUGAUGGAAUUUACAUUGUCUCCUUGGGAUCUCAUAAUGUAUUAGGUGUAGGCCUUGAAGCACACCAUUUAACGCUUGUAAUUCCUGUCUUCCAAAAUAAAUAACUUCAGCUCUCUUUCACAUGCAUUACUAAAAAUAUGUUAGUGUACUCUGGUUUGCCAAGUUUGAUUUCUUUCA